ACGUUCACAUUGAGUAAGCCCAUGGAAUGAAACAGACUCUUCAAUCUCCGUGGUUAGAACGAACUGUUUACUGUGUUUCUACUCUGUAGCCAACCACCUGAGGGAUAACAAUCUAUCCAACUCCCACGCAUGUGCAUUUAUACGUAUUUAUAAAAUCGUGUCGGGUUUCAUGCUAAACCCAACUUUAGAUGAUGGUAAUUCUUCCGUUUGUGUUGAGCAUAGCUUGUAUUGGAUUGUGGGCCCCUAAGGAAUGUGGAGGACAUCCUUGGAGUUCUGAAAAUGUUCACUGCAAAAGGUUCACUCUUUAUACGCAUCUCCGGGAUUCGCACAGACCAAAUGGACCUAUACACCCUUUAAAUAUCUCUAAAGUGAUCAAAACAAGUACGAAACAUAAAUCGGCGUCACUUACGUGGAAUAGAAAUGAAGUUUCCGAACUGCUACAUUUUCUUUGCAUAUUUCAAAUAAAAGAGAGUGCAGAGAUUCUCUAUCCAUUCCACCAUUUGCUAAAUAGAUUCCGCCGUCAAGUCAAACAAGAAACGAAGACUGUUGUGAGUGGUCAAACCGCUGUCUUGAUGUGUCCCUCUGGCGGACGGACUGUUGAAAGUAUUGUAUGGAGUAAAGACGGUCUUACCUUGCCUGUUAACCCUAGACAAAGUAUUAUGUCAAAUGGAAGUUUGUCUAUACAGAAGGUAACACAAAGUAGUGACGGAGGAGAAUACAAUUGUCGUUACCAUGACGAUCGGCAUAGAUCAAAGAAUUAUGUAGUUAUUCUCCGAGUUGCAGAACCACCGGCAGUUUCUCCUUUCCAGUUUCCUUCAGACGUUGUAUUAGGGAUGCGAGUGAGAGUUAUGUGUUCCGUGAUUCGUGGAGACCCGCCAUUUCAUUUCACUUGGUUGAAAGAUGGGUCUAUUCUCUCUGCCAGCGACGGUCUGAGUGUGCAAUAUUUCCAAGAUUAUAGUAUUCUUUCAACAGGAAAUUUAGUGUCGAAGAACUCUGGCAACUACACCUGUAGCGUCAACAACGGAGCAGGGUCUGCAAGCCAUAGCGCCCACUUGACAGUAAAUGCUCCUCCAAGCUGGAUCUUGGAGCCGCAGAAUUCUGAAGUUAUCUUAGAAGGAUCAGUCAGAAUUGACUGCAGUGCUGAUGGUCUACCUGCACCUAUAAUAACAUGGAGGAAAGCUACAAAUGAUGAACCUGCAGAUUAUACACCUGUCUACAACAAUCACAAACACACUGUGUAUCCAAAUGGCUCUCUCUUCAUUCAUUCAGCUAGCAAAGAUGAAGAAGGUUAUUACCUAUGUGAAGCCAGAAAUGGUUAUGGCGCAAACCUAAACAAAUUAACCAACCUUACUGUACAUCAGCCUCCAACUUUUGACGUCAAGUUCAGAUCUCAUUCUGCACAAAAGGGCCAGUCAGUCGAUCUUUCCUGUGCAGCAGUAGGAGACCAGCCAAUAAAAUUUAUUUGGAAGAAAGACGGUCGUAUGUUAACCAACAGCUCGAGAUAUCUACUCUCUGCUUCAGAACUACAGCAAUCGACUGAAGUUUCUAUACUAAAGAUCAUGAAAGCUAACAGAAAUGACUCGGGGAUUUAUUUAUGUCGCUCUCACAAUGAAUAUGGACAAGAUGAGAUGAAAAUCAAACUAUUGAUCCAAGAGGUACCUGGUCCACCAUCCAACUUAUCUGUGACUAACGUCACAGGAAGAACUAUUUCACUGGUCUGGACAGAACCCUACACAGGAAAUAGCGACAUCUCUCGGUACUUUAUAAAAUAUCAGAAAGAGUUACCGGGUCACCAACGGAGUAUGAUGAUUAACCGAACAAUUGAAGGGUCUCAGCGUACAGCUGUCCUCAGAGGUCUGGAACCAGCCAGUUCUUACCUAGUGAGUAUUGAUGCCCAGAAUGCAGUUGGCAGAGGAAGUGAGAGUGACUGGAUAAGAGUCAAAACCGAGCAGGAAGCUCCAAGUGGUCCGCCGGAAGAAAUUGCAGCUCAAGCAACGGGUCCCAAUUCAAUUAAAGUGACUUGGAAGCCUCCCCAAGAAGAUUACUGGAACGGGAAGAUUAUCGGCUAUUACAUCGGCUACAAACCCAUUGAUGAAACGUUACACAUGUACAAAACAGUUCAUGUGAAAGACGUGACGGCACGAGAGCAGUACCACCUGACUAAUCUUAAGAGAUCAACAAUCUACCACAUCACAAUCCACGCUUUCAACAGCAAGGGGCCUGGUCCCAGAUCUGACGAAGUGCAAGUAAAGACAUUGGAUGAUGUUCCUCCCAGUGCUCCUGAUCUGAAAAUGUUAUCCAAAUCAACAUCUUCGAUUACUUUAAAAUGGUCUCAACGAGCAACAUUUGGUGCAAGUGUAGUAGACUACAAACUUCAUUACCGGGAGGAAAACGAUCACGUGGGGUGGACAGUAAUUCCCAUAUCAACCAACCAAAACCAGUAUACAGUGCAGAACCUGAAAUGUGGUACAACUUAUCAGUUUUUUAUGACGUCACACAAUAGUGUUGGUAGGAGCGAACCAAGUAAUAAACUUAUCAUCAGAACUACAGGAGCGGCUCCUGUGUCACCAGCUCGUGAAGAUUUUAUUAGCAUCAACGUAACUGAAGCUAUUUUGGACUUCUCUAAGUGGCAAGAUGGUGGCUGCUUUAUCACCUCUUAUACAGUCAAAUUGAGACAAAAGUUCCACACUCGUUGGAAGACUCUUGUGGACAACCUUAUAUUUAAUAAAUCACCUUUUCAAGUCACGGCUUUGUCAUCGGCUACUUGGUAUGAAGUCUUAGUUGUUGUACAAAGUUCUGCAGGUGCUACCGAAGCGAUGUACGAUUUUAGAACACGAAAUAAAACACGAGAAAUUGUGCCACAGGAAACUGCUAACGUACCAAAGCCUCCUACCAAAUCUUUCAUCAUUGAUUUGGAAGUACUUGUACCCAUCACUGUUUCCAGCUUUGUUGUUGUGGUGGUGAUCGUCGUUGGCUGUGUACUUUGUAUCCGAGAAGCUCGAUCUCAUCGUCGCAUAAAUGAAAAUCAGGUAUAUGGAAAGACGUCUCAGGAUGUAAUACAGAUGAAGGAUAUUGGUAAUACACCCCCUUUAGACUAUGUGUCAAGUGAAGAUGGCACUCAGCGUUCUUCGCCAUAUUCUCAGUCAACCAAUCAUUGCCCUCCCAGAGAGUCAAUGCUCGAUUCUCGUCCAGGUAGAGAUAGGAGGAACUUCAUCCAUACGCCACUCCCUACGAUACUUUACCAGUCGCACCCUCUAAUGACAACCAACACCAACCAGGAACCUCUGGCAUCCGCACUCUUACAAGGAGAGGGAGGGACAAGCGCACCCAUAAUGUCUACAGCAGGCAGGACGAAUCAGCGAGAGCGGCCUUAUGAAUCGCUCGUGUUGAUCACUGAUCCAAGCCCUUUCGAAACCAAUAGACAAUGGGAUCUCUAAGCACCUUCAAAAAAUUCUGUGAUUUUAUUAUUUCAAGGAAUAAGGCUUUUUUAAUGUUAUUGCUAAAAGUUACUGUUAAUGAUUUAUACCAAAAAACAUGGGUGUCUUUCAACGAGGCAAGUUAACUCAAGGAAGGUGGAAAAUCACUCGGACCGAGCAGUAGACUAUAUCGAAGAUGGUACAAGCAGAAUGCAUAUUUCUUAAAAUCAUAAAUCAAGGUGUACUGGAUUUUUUUUUCACAUAUAUUUGAAAUACCACACACACAAAGAUCAUUUUCGAAAGGUUAAUUUACCAUUGAAAUGUUAGAUACAAAUUAUUUGUUAUUUUGUGACGAACUUUGUGACUCGAAAUAUUCGACAUUUGGUUCCCUUACCUGAACAGUUGCGUAAAAAUGGAACAAUCAGUUGAGCAUUUUUCUAAAAUGUAAACACCAUUAAUUUCGGAAUGCAUAAUAAAAGUAAACUUCAACCCAAUUUUUGUUCAUAAAGCAUAAGCCGUAAUAAGGCAUAAAAUUGUUUUUGAUGCUAAACACUCAACAGUGGAUAUUAGCAGGUUCUAUGUAUUGUAAGUCUAUCAUUUAUUAUAU